CCCGGCGUCUUCCGCCCUGGGAGGAGCCAACCUCGGUUCCCCCUCUCAGCAGCGGAGCUUCUGCAGCCUCCUUAAGCUCUGCCUGAUCUAAAACAGCGACAGCGAAUUUCACUUACGAGUUACUUUCUCCCAUACAGACCCAUGUAGGGUCCUAAAAGCAAAGGCUGAAGUUCUCCUGGAGGAUUCUGCCUCAAGAUUGUUGCAAAGAUGGACAAUUUGGAGCUGUGUGUCUGGCAUUAUCUCGGGCAGCUUCGAGGAGGAAAGCCCCAGGUCCUCAAGUGACAGCGGAGGGAGACGUGGAUGCUCUGAGGUGGGAGGAAAAAAGGCAGCUGUCUUGGCUGAGAGUACAGCGAAAAGUGGAACGGAAGGAAAGAUCGGAGCACCACUGUCAGGCUCGCCUAGGACCACCCAAGCCCUCACCAUGUCGAAAGUUUCUUUUAAGAUUACACUGACCUCGGAUCCGCGACUGCCCUACAAAGUGCUUAGUGUUCCUGAAAAUACUCCUUUCACAGCAGUCUUAAAGUUUGCUGCAGAAGAAUUUAAAGUUCCUGCAGCAACAAGUGCUAUAAUUACAAAUGAUGGAAUAGGAAUAAAUCCUGCACAGACUGCUGGGAAUGUUUUCCUAAAGCAUGGCUCAGAACUCCGAAUAAUUCCUCGAGAUCGAGUUGGGAGUUUUUAAUGUCUGCUGAAUGGAACUUACCAUUAUCUUUGAGAAUAAACAUUGAUAUUUAUUUUGUAACAUUGCAUUCAGAUUAUCUACAAUUUUAUGUACUUACUCCUAUAAGGGCAUUGACCCUUUACAUUAAAGAAGGAAUACAUCUCAUGUAUAAAACAGCUGCCUUAAGAAAGAAGCCAAUGUCUCCACUGCUACCUCAUUAUGAAAGGAGUUUCAAUUUAAUUCUGUAAUAGAAAGAUAUUACUAAGAACAAAUUUUUCCCAUGAAAUAAGAAUAUUAAAAUUUCUUGAUUUUCAAAUCAUGUCAACUAUAGAUUAAAUCAUUGUUUCUGAGUUACAAAUGAUAAUUGCCUGAAAACAUAUAGGUGAAUAAAUAUGUAUAUUUUAUGUACAAUUUAAGAUAAGAAUAACAUGAACUGAUUAACACUUAAAUAUUUGUAUUUAUUACUAUUUAGGUUUUCUAGGUCUCAGUUGGUUCCAGUUUCUUAUUUGGAUUUUCAGUUAAAUUGAAAGUACCAUUUAUCUAUUGAACAUUAUGAACUUAUCCCAAUUAGGGAAAAUGAUAUCUCCAGUGAGCUAGUCUACCGACGUCCCUAUAUAUCAAAUAUACUUAGUAGUGGGGAUUUAAAGAAUAUUUAAUAUUUCUGUUACUGAAUUUUAUCCCUUCAUGAUUAUAUUCUAAGAAUUCUAAUUUAAUUAUGAUCUUUUGAUGUGAAUUAUUCUGUAUUGAAGUCUGAAAAGAAAAAGACACCUUUGACAAGACUUGAAAUCAUGCAAAGCUCAAGAAAAUGCUUUUAUCUCUUUUAGAGUGCUGAGGCCAAAAUUCAAGGGGGCUGGCUGGGAGAAGGGAGUUUGUUUAAGCAUCAUGAUCAUUGAAAACAGAAAAGUCAAGUCAAAACUGAAAUGGUAAGAAAGAAAGGAGUAAGUCAUACAAGAGAUUAGAAAUAACAUCAAAAUGACUCAAAAAAUCCAGAAAGAAUGAGAACAGGUGCCAAAGAAGUCAAAGGGGAAUAAAGGAGAAGGAACAGAAUGGAGAAGAAAAGGAAUACUAUUGUUUAAACAAGCAGCAGAGAAAAGCCAAGGAUAUAUUUUUUAAACUACUAUAAGAAUAAAACAUCUAUGUCUCCCCAAAAACCUAUAAGAAAAAAAAAAGAGAUACUAGGUUAAUAUAGAAAAAUGUUAAAGCACGAACAUGAUAUUUGUAGUAUGUUGGCUCUUGUAUAUGGUUAUGAAAUCAAUGCUUAGAAAGAAAAGCAGCUUAAAUUCUUUGUUUCUUUGUAGUCAAAUGCAGCUGGUGAGAACAGCUGUGUUUGGCAAAUGCAUAAAUUAGUACCACUAAACCAAGUUUUAUAUUAAUUGUUUUUAGUGAUAUCCCAUGAUUAUUUUGUUUCUGGCCUGAUAUUCAUUGAAAAGGCAAAAGAUUCAUAUGAAAAAUUGCAACUUAUCUAGCCAUGUGUAUUUUCUAAUGGAUGUUUUUGGUAUUUUUAAAGUUAUAUUUGACAUUAAAAUGCUAGAUUUGGUUGUUUUUAAUGAAGACUAAGGCACAGCAAGAUUCUUAGCCAUCACAAUGCAGUAAGUUUAACAAAAGGCAAAAAAAAAAUUAGGGCAGAAAAAUAGAUUAUUAUAUUUUUUAACUAGAAGAAUUAAACCAGAAAAGGUUAGCCAAUAGUUUCACAGUUUGCCCUAAGCAUUCCAAUUAAUUAAGUUAUACUUUAAUACUGUUUAUAGGCCAAAAUAUGAUUGUAUUUAUGUACAACAGAAAAAUAAAAUGGUGCAAUGAAAUGACUGACAUUAAGUUUGAAUUUGUUAAUAUUUGUGAAUCAAAUUCAUUAAAGGUAAAUUACAUCAAAAUUUGUUUUUUAAUUAAAUUACAUGUGUGCUCUUUAAUAAGGUGUAAUUUAAAACUUUAAAUAAAAUUCUUGUGAUGACUAUAAA